CAUAUUUAAGGAGUCCGGGAUCCGAGCUCCGCAGUUCCCUUGGAUUUGUCGGAGUUGUCCGGAGUUGCGUGAGUUUGCCGCGGACACAUUCUCGACGGACCGACACUUCGGGGAAAGGUUCUAAGACCAUGAUGGAGCUCAUGACUGCUUCCCCUUUCUACAACAUGAACACAACAGAUAUCACUGGAAGGAAUGGCUCGUUGUACAACGACGAAGAAGAGUAUGACUACAAGGACGAGCACGCUGAGCUGAGACAGUCUCUGAACAUCAUGUCUCUCAUUGUUUACUGCCUGGCCUUUGUUCUCGGUGUGUUCGGGAAUGGAGUGGUUAUCUGGGUGACCGGGUUCAAGAUGAAGAAAACGGUUAACACAGUCUGGUUCCUCAACCUUGCUGUGGCCGACUUCCUCUUUACGGCAUUCCUGCCCCUGAGUGUGACGUACACGGCCAUGGAUUUCCACUGGCCUUUCGGCAACUUCAUGUGCAAACUGAACAGCACUGUAAGCUUUCUGAACAUGUUUGCCAGUGUCUACAUCCUGGUAGUGAUCAGUGUGGACAGAUAUGUGUCAGUGGUUUGGCCCGUCUGGGCCCAGAACCACCGAAGUGUACGUAAGGCAUCCUGUGUGAGUCUGGGUGUUUGGGUACUGGCUCUGAUUCUCAGCGCUCCAUACUUCAUCUUCAAGGACACUGGUCCAUCGUAUCAUAAUGAAGACAUAAUCAACUGCUUUAACAACUUUGCUCUUUCUGAUGACUAUGAAACACCAUCUGUGAAUCAGCUGCGUCAGUUUCGUCAUCAGACCAUGACCAUCACCCGCUUCCUCCUGGGAUUUGUUGUCCCCUUCACUGUCAUUGUCUCCUGUUAUGCUGUGAUCAUCCAUCGUCUCAGGAGGAACCGCACCCUGGCCAGCCAGUCAAGUCGCCCCUUUAAGAUCAUCGCUGCCGUAAUCACCACUUUCUUCCUUUGCUGGGCUCCAUAUCACAUCAUGGCUCUGAUUGAGAUGGUUAAUCACACAGCAAUCCAUUCAACUGAGAUAUUAGACCAUAUCAUCACUAUCGGUAUCCCCAUAGCCACCAGCCUGGCCUUUCUCAACAGCUGCCUGAACCCACUGCUCUAUGUGUUCAUGGGCCAAGACUUCAAGGAAAAAGUCCGCAAAUCCAUCCUGAAUGUGUUGGAGUCUGCCUUCCAGGAAGAGGUUUCUCGCUCUUAUACUUACACAAACUCAAUGGUCACCAGUCGUAGUAAAGAGAAGUCAGUGUCUGAUGCUGAGGUAUAAGGUUGCCCACAAAUACUGUAACUGUGCAUAGUAAAUGUAACUGUAUAUAACAAAUAACUUUUUUUUAGCUUUUGUUUUUAAUUUAAGGACCCCAAGACAACCUCUGAGAUCACCUCUGAACAUUUCACCUUUUUAUAAAUAGUUUGAUGUUCAUUUGAUGAUAGGCCUACUAGUCAGAAAGAUAUCUGCCUCUUAGCUACACUCAUGAGCUGACUCAUGGUAAUAUUGAACAACAGGUUGUGGAUUUGUGAUGCAUUUAUGGGCUGACGUAUUUUGAAAGGAUGAAAUUCUCGACAUAUUGUUCUUCCUUAUGCAGUCACACUCAGCACUACAACUAAGGGAUGUGCUGUGCCAAGACACACCUGUCAUCAUUUCAAAAUCGGUAUUACAUUAGUUUAUAGUUAAAUUUGUACAACGUUUGCAAGACAAAGAUGAUGUAAGUGGUUGUUAAAGGGAACUUUGUGUAUCUCAUCUGUCUCAUAAACUCCGCUAGUCGUGUAUCUAUCCUCGCCUGUUUGUGACAUCAAAGAAAACAAACAAUAAAACAAGUGCCAGUUGUUAAAAGGCCACAAUCAUAGACUAUUUUUAAUCAAUAUAAAGGCUGACACAUGACCUAAUUAACAUAGUAACAAGGGUACGCAGUAAACAAACAUAUGGAAGAGGUUUUACUGAAUAUAAAAUCUACAGUGUGAAAUAGAGUUGUGUGAUCGCUGCACAAACAGGAUUAUAGAAAGUUCAUUUUCCAACUUCCCCCUCAUUCCCAACCCAAACCAAACCACUGAUGCAAUUAUGUGUGUACAUGAUAUGAUUAAAUGACUUUGUGUGUGUGUGUGUGUGUGUGUUUGUGUGUUAGUGUGGGUGUGUGUGUGUGUGUGUGUGUGUGUGUGUGUGUGUGUGUGUGUGUGUGUGUGUGUGACUGCUACAUGUCUACUCUAUGCUUUGUAUAAACAAGUUAUUCAGCAUGAGGACUGGCUCAUGAGCCUAAUGAAGAAAAAUGUAACCAUGAGAUUGUUACGGUCAAGUUACAGCUGCAUUGUAAAGCUUAGUUUGAUUGUUGUGAUCAUUGUUAGGUGUUUUUGAGGGAAUAUGUCUAUGCCCCUCCCACCCUGAGUACAUGCAUGUUAUGCUAUAAUGUCAAACUUUUAAUGUGUCAUUUCAGUUUACUAUCAUGAUGGACAAAGCAAACCACUAGAUACUCAAAAUUCAGAGGCAGGAACCUGUGGCUGUGAUGUCAUUGUCCGGGAAAAUUAACUCUAAAGCACAAUCAGCUAUUACAUUUGUUGCAGCUAAAUUAUCUGUAAAUUGACUCAUUGAAUUGACAACAAUUUGAAUGUCUGACUUAUUCUAUGACAUCAUAUGGUCCUCUCGAGGAAAGAUCUGUUAUAACAUGAACAAUGUAAAUGAUAAUUGAUUUUUUGGGGGGUCUUUUUUUACCCUAUAGUGGAGAACUCUGCUUAGAGUCCAUACAUGAUGAUAAUAAUGAUGAAGACUGUCAUUGUGAUUCUUGCUGUAUCCAUUAUGUCCAUUAUUAAAAUAUUAUGUGGACUUGA